AUGGGUAAAAAAAUUAUUAUCGACACUGACCCGGGCAUCGAUGAUGUCCUCGCUCUUUUGCUUGCCCUCUCAGCCACCCCAGAAGAGGUGGAGGUCUUGUUGAUCUCCUUGACAUUUGGUAACAUCGAGGUGAAGAAUUGUCUUCGCAAUGCUGUUUCGAUGUUCCACAUCUUGGAGCGGGAGAUGCAGUGGCGUCGUGACAAUGGCCGACCAGAAGGUUUCGGAAGCUUGCGAGCCCAUCGUCCCGUUUUAGCUGUCGGCGCAGAGGAUCCACUGGAGGAUCAGAAGAUGCUGGCUGACUACUUCCACGGAACGGAUGGUCUUGGUGGCAUCCACGCCACUCACCCUCACCUCACUGCCACCAAAGAGUGGGAGCAUCUCUUCACUCCAACUCUAGAUAGCGAGGGUAUCGAGCCUGUGGCGGACUGCACUGGACCUAACGACCAUGCCUUCGUCUCGUCCAAGGUACCAGCCCACAAGGAAAUUCUCCGCGCUCUUCGUGAAAAUGAACCCGAUUCCGUGACUCUUGUCGCAGUAGGCCCGCUCACCAACCUGGCAUUAGCAGCGGCAGAAGAUCCCGAGACUUUCCUUCGCGUGAAAGAAGUCGUCGUCAUGGGCGGUGCUAUCAACGAGCCAGGAAACGUCACACCUAUGGGUGAGUUCAAUGCCUACGCAGACGCUGUCGCAGCUGCUCGUAUCUUCGCUCUCACCUCGCCAAACCCGCACACCACAAUCCCAAUCACCAAGAGCGAUCUACUCCCGCCAUACCCAGCAAAGCUCAGUCGUCAACUUACUCUCCGUCUGUUCCCAUUGGAUAUUACACUGCGCCACAACCUUUCAAAGGGCCAGUUCCGUAAAUCAAUUGCUCCUCUUUUGGAAGGCGGCUCUCCCCUCGCUGAGUGGGUUGAUGCAUUCAUGGGACACACCUUCAAGACUCUGGAGCGUCUGCACCCAGGACACGUUGGUGAUGACGCUGAGCUGAGUCUGCACGACCCCGUCUGCGUGUGGUAUGCCAUCACAUCCGAUGAUCCCAAGUGGGUCUAUGCUCCCAACUCACCUGAGGAUAUCCGCAUCGAUUCCCUGGGUCAGUGGACUCGAGGCAUGUGUGUCAUUGACCGUCGCAACCGUCACCGCAUCGAAGGUGAUGAGGAGAGCUCUAGUGACCACGGUCUCUGGCUCAGUGGCCGUGCGGGUAACCGUAUUUGGCGAAUGGACGGAUCUCCUGCUGAAGGGAACUUUGGAGAUGUCAUUAUCCAGAGGCUCUUCAACUAG